UUGCAGUCUAGUCUGCAGAAAAAAUCGUGAAUCUUUUUGUCGGUGAAAAUCCCCAAAAUUAAUUCAUAAAGGCUUCAAUGAUAGUUUUGGUGCAUCUUUUAAUUUCAAGCCCAACGAAACUUUCUCGCAAAAUGUAAUUUAAUCCCCUGUGCCCUAAUAUGGUGUGCAAAGUGUUCAUUUUGUUGAAGGCUCGUUGUCCGGUGUUGCGAAUGAACUUGGAGAUGGAGAAUUGUUGAAAUGAGAUGUCACUGCCAAUUACCUGAUGACUAGAUUAUCUUCACAACAACUCAUUAUUUAUAAAACUGUGUUUGGCAUACUGCUGGCCGGAGUGGUGUAUUUGAUUGGGGAUAUUAUCAUCUUGUAUAAAGCAACUCAACUUUGGGAUGUCCCUGGUGGCAAAGCUGGAACAUUGUAUGUCUUAGCAUUGGCAGAUCCGCAAAUUCAGGGUUAUUAUCAAGAACACCCAAGUAUUAUUGGCGCAAUUACAAGAUGGGACUCAGACCGAUACCUCAGAAACACCUUCUCACUGGCAAUGAGCUAUGCUUCACCUGAUGUUGUUGUAUUUUUAGGGGAUCUCCUUGAUGAAGGAAGUUUUGCUACUGAUGAUGAUUUCCUGAUAUACAAGAAUCGCUUUCAUGAUAUCUUUUCUGUACCUGAUAAUAUUCCUAAAAUAUACUUAGCUGGUGACAACGAUAUUGGUGGUGAAGGUGGAGAUGUGUUAACAUCUCACAAUGUUGAAAGAUUCUCCAAAUAUUUUGGGCCAAUAAAUGAUGUCAUCAACAUUAAGAAUUUCCAGUUUGUCAAAAUAAACACAGUCAGCUUUCUGAGGUUCUCUUUCCCAGCCUACAAAGAAGAACAACCUACAUAUUACCACACUGUUAAAUUCCUCAAGAAUAUUAAUUUGCAGUUGAAAGAAGGCUCCAACGUGAUAUUACUUGCUCAUGCGCCUUUACCAAACUUGCCGUCCAAUUUAUAUCAUAAGUUUAUUUCUUCUCUGAAACCCAAAGUGUCACUUGCUGGACAUUCACACAAGCAUUUACAGAUUUACCAUAGGCAGCCGUCAAGUCCUUCAUUCUGGGAGUAUACUAUUCCUACCUGUAGUUAUCGUAUGGGUACAAACCAAAUAGGAGCAGGCGUCUUAAUUAUUGAUGAAAAGGGAAAAUCAAGUCUUCACAUUCUAAAAUUCCCAGAACGUUAUAUCUACCUAUACAUGUAUCUUAUAUUUUGUUGUAUAUUAUUAUUAGGCUAUUCUCUUAGUUUUAGAGCUACCAGAUCGUUUUUAUCGUCAUAUUUUAAUAAAUUAAGAGGAUUAUUUUGUAUAUUCAAAAUACAAGGAAGAUCAAAGCGUUUGUAACACUUAUUUUUGAAUUGAAAAAAAAAAAUGAAUUUUCAAACGUGUUUGGGAAGAGGGAAGGAUUUAUCAUCAUCUUUAUAGUGUUCAAGGAUAAGUUAUACAACGUAAUGGAUUAAAGACAUCUUGAGUUUUCGAGA